CUCUACCCUCGAUCGAUUCCAUUGGAUUAUUUUCUGAAUUUGGUUCUCUUUUCUUUUCUUUUUCCCGAUCAUUAAUCUUCCUCUGCGUCGUUGCCGAUCAGGGACUGCUGUUUCUGGCAGUCGGAGGCCUCUUCUCUCCCACCUCUCCGGCUGGCAGUCUCUAUGAACUUUACAUUUUCCACUACUUGGGAUUGGGAUAUCUUUGACGCGGUAAUCUUCAGGCUACAUCUGACUCGAAGAAAACUGAAAAGUGGUGUCUGAGGACAUAAUUCAGAUAUCUUUAUCCAUGGAAUCUGGGCGAAGGAUCGAGGCCGAUGAAUCUAAAACACAGUCUAUCAGCAAUUCGGGCGAAGUGGGUCUGUCUAUUCCAAGAAGUCAAUUACUCACUUCCUUAUCCUCGGCAUCUUAUUCCUCCACUGACAGCUCCUUUGAAUUGAUUGUAACUGGGAACGGCGAUUUCAUUUGUCGUACAAGUGAUUCUUUGGAUAACAAUGAGUUUCAGUUUAUUAGUGGUGAUGAAUCUUCCCUGCGUGAUCAUUUGAUUGAACACCAAAGGCCUGGAAAGUACACAGAUGGCAAUGCUAUGGAGCCAGAUUUGAAUAAACCUGGUGAAGCCGGCGAUCUUGGAAGUAGAAAAAAUCUGCAAACUUAUUCUUCCACUUCCUCGUCCUUCGAAUCUGAAUCUAAACAUAAAAUUAAGCUUAAACAGGGAAGAGAUGCUACAGAUAACUUAUUGUCAAACAAUCCCAGCUCCCCAAGCAUGGAGAAGUUCAACAGAUUUGUUGUAGAUUUCAGUGAUGAAGAUGUUCCCAUCAGCUCUAUGCCUAGCAACCGACGAACACCAGUAACUCCAAAGCAUAGGAUAGACUUGGGCUCAGGCAGCGAGGCAGCUAUUAAAUACCCUCCAAUUCAAGUCAUGGAUAGAACUGAUGAUCCUACUUCCAUUUCAUAUAGAAUUCCAUCUCGGGUCUUUUCUAGAUCUAAAUCUACAGCGCCUAUGGAAUGGAGUGUUGCUUCAAAUGAAUCAUUGUUCAGCAUUCAGAUGGGAAACAUGAGUUUUACUAGAGAACAAUUGGGUUGGCUGGGAAAAUCAGGUGAGCUAUAUAGGCCUGGUGAAUCAGCCCUUGACGUAUCCCAGCAUUUGGCUAUGAGACCUUCAGACUAUGGAUUGAUAGGCACCCAUCCCGACGGUGAUAUGGCAGCAACUGAAGCACGAGCUGCAGAAACAAUGAGGGAGGUUAUAAGAGAAAGCUCAGAAAACCAACGCAAGACGGGUUCCACUCUAACAGAGUCGUCUUCUCAGUCAGCCAGCAUUUCUCCUCAGUCAGAAAGCAGCACAAAAUCUUUCCAGUUUCCAAUAUUGACAGGAGAUGCAGGAAAAAGCAUGUCAUUCAAGGGAGGAAAUCUCGAGAAUGCAAAGCAAGAGGGGACGCCAGAAUCACCACGGCCAUCUUCAUGCCCACAGACCCCAAAAGAAUCGAGCUCAGAGGGAUCUCCAAAAGCGGCUGCAAAUGUUGGUUCAAAGAGAUGGCCUUGCUUUUCUUGCUGCCCGUUCUGUAGUUGAGAAGUGUACAGGUUCAUCAAAUAUGACACUGCCCCCCUCUUCUUAUGUAACUAGGACAAUGCCAACAGGAUAGUUUGCACAGUUUAGCUCUGUUAACAACAUGAAUUUUGUUUUGGUAGGCACAUUUUUUCUGGGUUCUUGGUAACUGGCUGAACGAUCUUUGGACUCUAAUCUUACACUGUAUCAUUUUUGUGU